AUGUCUUCUUCUUCUCAAGGUGUCAUUGGAGGCUUUGAUUUUGGCAAUGUGGCCCGUAAUAUUUAUCUUCAAAAUAAUCUCAAUGUACAACCUCCAAAAACCUUGAAAACAGGUACUACUAUUUGUGGUGUGGUUUUCAAGGAUGGUGUGGUGUUGGGAGCAGAUACCCGAGCGACCAAUGGACCUAUUGUGGCCGAUAAGAAUUGUGAGAAGAUUCACUACAUUGCUCCUAAUAUUUAUUGUUGUGGUGCUGGUACUGCAGCCGAUACAGAGAAUACAACAGCCUUGAUCAGUUCAAAAUUACAACUUCAUCGUUAUGCUACCGGAAAGCAAUCCCGUGUGGAUACAGCCAUGACCAUGUUCAAGAGAAUGUUGUGGAGAUAUCAAGGUUAUAUCAGUGCUGCUCUUGUUUUGGGUGGUGUGGAUGUGAAUGGUCCAGCUUUGUACACAAUUUAUCCUCACGGAUCUACUGACAAGUUACCUUUUGUUACCAUGGGUUCGGGAUCUUUGGCUGCCAUGUCUGUGUUUGAAAGCGAAUACAAAGAUGAUAUGACUGAGGAGGAAGCUAAAGCAAUUGUUCAUAAGGCAAUUUCUGCCGGUAUUUAUAACGAUCUGGGAAGUGGUUCCAAUGUCGAUUUGUGUGUCAUUAAUAAGGAUGGAGUUGCAAAUUAUAUUCGUGGUUAUGAUGUUCCAUCAGGAAGAAAGUAUCGUCGUGAAUAUGUCAUUCCACGUGGUACUACUGCUGUUUUGAAUGAAAAGGUUUUGCAAUUGAAAUCCAAGCUGAUCGUUGAGGAAGAAAGCACAAAGGACGUCAUGCAAACCACAGAAUAA